AACAGCUGUAUAAAAGCCCACAGUAACCUACUGUUGCUUUGGUCUCUCUUCUGGUCUCAAGAAACCCAGUGAAAGUCAAGAUCAAGAUCAAGAUGACCAAGCUCACAAUUCUUGCAGGCUUAUGUCUUGUGGCAUGCCAACUGGCAUCUGCCACGCAGAUGGUGUGCUACUUCACCAACUGGUCCCAGUACAGACCUGGUCAAGGCAAGUAUUUGCCACAAGAUGUGGACCCCUUCAUUUGCACCACCCUGAUCUAUGCAUUCUCCAUCAUCAACUCUAAAAAUGAACUGGUUACCUAUGAGUGGAAUGAUGACAUCCUCUACAAGUCUUUCAAUGCUCUGAAGAUCAAGAAUCCUCAUCUGAAGACUUUGCUGGCUGUUGGCGGUUGGAACUUUGGUUCAAGACAGUUCUCCAUCAUGGUGUCAAAUCCGGCCAACCGUCAGACAUUCAUCCAGUCCUCAAUCAAAUUCCUGAGGACUCAUGGAUUUGAUGGUCUGGAUCUGGACUGGGAGUACCCUGGUGCUCGAGGAAGUCCUCCAGAGGACAAACAGAAGUUCACCCUUCUUUGCAGAGAACUUGUUGUAGCCUAUGCAGCUGAGGCCAAGGCCACUGGCAAUCGUCAGCUCAUGUUAACUGCUGCAGUGGCUGCUGGAAAAGGAACCAUUGAUGCUGGAUAUGAGAUUGCUGAGAUUGCAAAGGAACUGGACUUCAUCAAUGUAAUGACCUAUGACUUCCAUGGAACCUGGGAGCAGUUCACUGGACACAACAGCCCUCUGUUCCGUGGCUCCGAGGAUUUUGGUGAGCUGAUCUACUUCAACACAGAUUAUGCCAUGAAGUACUGGAGAGACAAUGGCACCCCAUUGCAGAAGCUGAGGAUGGGAUUCGCUUCGUAUGGUCGCACCUUCCGUCUGACAUCAGCAAACACUGGUGUUGGAGCCCCAGCUAGUGGCCCUGCCUCAGCUGGUCCAUUUACACGUGAAGGUGGAUUCUGGUCCUACUAUGAGAUCUGUAGUUUCCUCAAGGACUCCACUAUUCAGUGGAUUGAUGACCAAAAAGUCCCCUAUGCCACCAAGAACAAUGAGUGGGUUGGAUUUGACACCAAGGAGAGCUAUGAGAUCAAGGUCCAGUACCUGCAGGAGCAGAAGUUUGGAGGGGCCUUUGUCUGGGCCCUGGAUUUGGAUGACUUUGCUGGACGAUUCUGCGGACAAGGAAAUCACCCUCUGCUGGCUCACCUUAACAAACUUCUUAAUAUUGAGUUGCCCCCACUGCCCCCUACCACUACUCCCAAACCUGGUGCUACCACCACUACCCAAACCACCACCACCACCACCACCACCCAUGCCCCGGGACCCGGCUUCUGCAACGGCAAACCUGAUGGCCUUUAUGCCGACCCAGAAGAAAAGAGCGGCUUCUACAUGUGCACUGGUGGCAUCACCCAUAAAAGGAACUGUGCGGCUGGAACUGUCUUUGGUGACAGCUGCAAGUGCUGCAUCUGGCCAUGAGUGCAGACCCUAUGUAUUGCACCUGAUGUAAAUCCUAUUAAACAUCUAUCAAACAAAGUGUAAAAGUUAUCUUAUAUCUACUGUGUUUACAAUCAAUUACCUCAAUAAGUAUAUCAUUAGUGUAAAGACACAAUGUAUUUUUUGUGAAAUAUAAUAUGUAAAAUUUCAAAAGCAUUGAAGUACUAACAAAU